AAAGAAUAAGAUAUAGAUUACUUAUAAAUUAAAUAUUCUUACUCUCUGUCUAACGAAAUAGCGACGCGUCAGCUCAUCGUCUCCUUGAACCAAAAUCGUCAUGUCAUUAACUGAUAGCGACAAUCUACCAGCUAUACCAAAUCUAGAAUUACCGCAAUCUGUCUUUAUAUUGCAAUCAGAGAAUUUAUCACACCUCCACGAGGAAGCACAUAAAACCUUAUUAGCUGGUAUUCAGAACGAUGAAAUGGCACCGUUCGCUGCUACUCUACCAACCUCAAUCCUACCAGAAAGAGACGCACUCGUCACUCAAUUCUCGAAAGCAAACGACGCUGUUUUGAAGGAAAUAGAGCAGUCUAUCGCUCAAGCAACUGAGAAUGAGGGUGAGAGUGAAAUAAGUGAGGGUAUUAGAAAGAGAGCUAUGUAUUACGCCAGAAUUGGUGAUAAAUCAAUGUCAAUCGAUUCAAUAACAACCGCUAUAGAGAAAACAGCAGGUAUUGGUAGCAAAAUCGAUCUUACACUUACACUUAUCAGACUUGGAAUGUUCUUCAGUGAUUUCAAUCUCGUCGUUCAGAACAUAGCUACUGCUAAGACUUUAGUAGAACAGGGCGGUGAUUGGGAUAGAAGAAACAGACUUAAAGUCUACAUCGGUCUACAUGCAGCUAGUAUCCGUGACUUUAAACUUGCAUCCACACAAUUCUUGGACACUUUGUCCACUUUCACUUCCACAGAACUUAUUAACUACGAUCAAUUCGUUAUAUACACUGUUAUAGUCAGCGUUUUCGCAUUAGAUAGAGUGGACUUGAAGACUAAAGUUAUCAACGCACCAGAAGUUGUUGCUUUGAUGCACACCAAACCAUUGAUAAGAAACUUCGCUAACAGUCUUUAUGAUUGUGAUUAUGCUCUCCUUUUCAAAUCUCUUGCAGAGAUUGAAGAGACCUAUCUCAAGCCAUCUGUCUAUCUCCACCAACAUAGCAGAUAUUAUACUCGUGAAAUUAGAAUAAGAGCUUACGCACAAUUACUCGAGAGUUAUAAAUCACUUAAUAUUUCUUCACUCGCCAAGGCCUUUGGCGUUUCUGAAGAGUUCAUUGAUAAGGAAUUCUCAAAACUCAUCCCAGCUGGUAGACUGCAUUGCGUUUUGGAUAAAGUUACAAACGUUGUUGAAUCAAAUAGACCAGACUCCCGUAAUAAGCAAUAUCAACAGGUCGUACAAAAUGGUGAUGUUUUACUCAACUCAAUACAGAAAUUAGCACGUGUUUUGAACUAAGGAAAUGAAAAUAAU